AUGGGUCUGUUUGGAAAAUCGAAGAAGAAGAAGCCGCAGCCCGCGUCGCAGGAGUCGUCGAUACGGGCGGACCUUCGCAAGAUGCGUUCGCCCGUGCGUUCGCCGUCGCCUCCGCGGGGGAAGGCGCGCGUCUCGAGCCCGGGUCCGCGCGCGCGCGUCACGAGCAUGAGCCCCCCGCGCGGCCGUCGCGUCGCGAGCCCGUCGAAGUCUUCGCGCGGGCGAAGCCGGAGCAAGAGCGAGGGCGAACGCGAGAGCGCGAAGAGCCCCCGACCGCCGCUUCGUUUCGCGUCUCCUCCGAGACUGCCCACGAAUCCAGUCGCGCCGUCGUUCGUCGACCGCGAGCCGCCGUCGCGCGUCGUUCGGUGCAUGGAGUGCAUGGACGGCGCGGUGAUCCGCAAGAAAGAGGCCGCGUGGGCCAAAGAACGCGCGGAGUGGGCGCGAACGAUGUCGGAGGCGCGGCGUCUAAACAACCAAUUGCGACGCCGCGUCGUCGUCGCGGAGGCGAAAGCGGUCGCCCCCGACGAGCUCGCGAAGACGAAGAAGAAGCUGUUAAAAGCGAACGCGGAGCACAAAAAAGUCGCCGCGCGGUUCAACGCCGCGGCGAGCAAAGACCGGAUGCUUCAACACGCGGCGCAGAAGAUCAAGGACGCGGAGAAGGACGCGAAGAUGCACGCGCUGGCCGCGCGCGUCGUCGCCGCCGAAAAAUCCGCCGCCGCCGCGGACGAAAGCUUGCGCGUCGCGCUCGAGAAGUUGGACGCGAUCACGAGACAAGCGUCGGCGAACUACGAGUGCGCGGUGGAGAUGGGUGAGCACGUCAGAAAGAUGGAGAGGGAGCGCGCGGCGGCGAUCGAACGCGCGGAGAGUCUGGAAGCGAACGCCGCGGAGGCGGAGGAAAAGGUACGCGCGGUGGAACGACUCGCCGAAGCCGCGGGCGACGCGGAGGAGCGACGGCGGCGACACGCGCUCAUGGACCGUCUCGGCGUGGGCACCUCUCUCGGGGGAGGAAGCGACGGCGGCGACGAAGACGGCGGCGACGCGCCGCUGGAGCUCGACGCGAUCGAGAUGUUAGCCGCCGCGGACGAGAGGGACGCGGCGAGGGAGGCGAGCGAUCUCGUCGGUUUCGAUCUCGAUCUCGCGCCGCCGUCGCCGCCGCCGUCGCCGGGGCCGCCGGCGAAGAGCAAGAAGCGGUCGUGGUUCUCGCCGAGCAAAAAGAAGCAGCGCCCGCGCGUGGGCGCGUGA